UGACGUUUAUCAGGGGCUCGCAGGACAGGGCAGGGCUUGUUUUCGCAAACCUGAGGCGGGAAAGCAGUCUCACACAAAGGCAGUUAAUCAUAUUGUGACAGGUUUCACAACGGGUUUAGCAGGUAAUACUUAAAGGCGUCCUGUGACCCUGCCAUGCCACAGAAAAACAGGAACUUACAACAUCUUUACAAUAUGUUUGUGAGAGCAGGACAAAGGUUUAGCAACAGGGUGGAGUGGGCUUGCAUCCUGUGCCCUUUCACUGGCUCUCUGCGCGCCCUCACUGACUGCCCGGCUGCCGGCGGCCUGCCUCACCACUCCCGGCUUCACGGGGCUGGGGCGCCGCACCAUCAAGUCAAACCGAGUCCUCCUGCUUUCCUAGAAAAGCCGUGGGGAGAGAGGGGGAACACUUCUGGCCCACGUGAGCCACCAUCGUGCGUGGCGUCUGAGGGGCAUCUACCUGGAGUCACGGAGCCGACAAAAGGGAAAAGGGCCAGUCCCUGUCCAGGAAGAGCUCAGCCUAGUGGGGCAGGCGACAAGUUACAGUUGCUGCCUUGCUGUGGCCGGCCGUGGCCCGUGGAGGCACUAGACCGUCACCAGGAGUCCAUCAGGAAAGACAGGCAGAUACGAUUUUUUUCCUUGAUUCCUUCGUGGGACUCAGGACAGGGGCGCCCUGUUUACUCAGCCCACUGUGCUCAGCCUGUUGCAGGGGUGUGCAGGUUUUGUGCUGGACAUUGGGAAUAUAGCAGUGAGACAAUUUCCAUCCCAAAGGAGCCCCCAGAUUAGAAAGGAGGAUGGCAAGUAACCAGGCGCUGGCAAUGCUCCGUCCUCAGAACAGUGAUGGAGAGACGUGGACUCAUUGGAGAACCACGUGGGAGGCACAAGUAACAUGGGGAACUCUGGAAACAAAGCAGUGUGGGGAGGAGGAGACUGGUUUCUG